AUGAAGUCACCAUGCACCAGCGGGGCAUCAAUGCCAGCCUCUCCCCUCCCCCCACACCCUGAGCCCGAGCCCGACAGACCCAUCGGAUACGGGGCCUUCGGAGUGGUCUGGUCAGUGACGGACCCCCGCGAUGGCAAACGAGUCGCCCUCAAGAAGAUGCCAAAUGUCUUCCAGAACCUGGUGUCCUGCAAACGAGUCUUCAGGGAGCUGAAAAUGCUCUGCUUCUUCAAACACGACAAUGUCCUGUCUGCCCUGGAUAUCCUGCAGCCCCCUCAGAUCGACUGCUUCGAAGAGAUAUAUGUGAUCACAGAGCUGAUGCAGACUGACCUGCACAAGGUGAUCGUGUCCCCGCAGCCGCUCAGCGCCGACCAUAUCAAGGUCUUCCUGUACCAGAUUCUACGAGGGCUGAAGUACUUACACUCCGCUGGGAUCCUGCACAGAGACAUCAAGCCGGGGAACUUACUGGUCAACAGCAACUGCGUGCUCAAGAUCUGUGACUUCGGUUUGGCUCGGGUAGAGGAACCUGACGAGUCUCAGCACAUGACCCAGGAAGUGGUGACCCAGUACUAUCGGGCCCCGGAGAUCCUCAUGGGAAGCCGGCAUUACCAAAACGCCAUCGACAUCUGGUCUGUGGGCUGUAUAUUUGCUGAGCUGCUGGGGAGGAGAAUCCUGUUUCAGGCCCAGAGCCCCAUCCAACAGCUGGACCUGAUCACAGACCUCCUGGGAACGCCGCCUCUUACUGCCAUGCGGUCAGCCUGCGAGGGAGCCAGAGCCCACAUCCUACGUGGCCCCCACAAGCCGCCAUCUCUCUCUGUCCUGUAUAUGCUGUCUGGUGAAGCCACCCAUGAAGCUGUUCACCUCCUGUGCCGAAUGCUGCUGUUUGAUCCGUCAAAGAGGAUCUCGGCUAAGGAUGCCUUGGCCCACCCCUACCUGGAAGAAGGUCGUCUCCGUUACCACACAUGUAUGUGUCACUGCUGCUACUCCGUGUCGUCCGGCCGUGUCUACACCGCUGACUUUGAGCCCACGGCCACCGACCGAUUCGAUGACUCAUAUGAGAAGAGAGCCUGACUUCCGUCUGGCAGGUCAAAGAGCUGGUUCAUCGCUUCAUCACAGACCAACAACAGGGAAAACGACCCCCGCUGUGUAUAAACCCCCACUCUGCCGCGUUCGUUCAAAACAUUUAUUAGGUCCACGGCAUGGCAUUCCUCAAAAGUUUCCAAGAAAGAGGAAAGAUGA